UGCCCAGGGCCAUCCUGGUGGAUCUGGAGCCGGGGACGAUGGACUCGGUUCGCUCCGGCCCCUUCGGACAGAUCUUCCGGCCCGACAACUUCGUCUUCGGUCACCGCUACCUGACGGUGGCCGCCGUCUUCCGGGGCCGCAUGUCCAUGAAGGAGGUGGACGAGCAGAUGCUGAACGUGCAGAACAAGAACAGCUCCUACUUCGUGGAGUGGAUCCCCAACAACGUCAAGACGGCCGUGUGCGACAUCCCGCCCCGGGGGCUGAAGAUGGCCGUCACCUUCAUCGGCAACUCCACCGCCAUCCAGGAGCUCUUCAAGCGCAUCUCCGAGCAGUUCACCGCCAUGUUCCGCCGCAAGGCCUUCCUGCACUGGUACACGGGCGAGGGCAUGGACGAGAUGGAGUUCACCGAGGCCGAGAGCAACAUGAACGACCUGGUGUCCGAGUACCAGCAGUACCAGGACGCCACGGCCGAGGAGGAGGAGGAUUUCGGCGAGGAGGCCGAGGAGGAGGCGUGAGAAGGGGGGUCAUCGUCGUCGUCGUCA